UAUCAUCAAAUUGUCACAUUCUGCAACUGAGCACUUCGAGCAUAAUGGCGGACGCGGACGCCAAGGCCGUAGUGCUCCAAGCCGCGCGCGUGCUGGUGUUUCUGGUACUCAACCAUUUGCUCGCGUCCUCGGGCUUUAUCGUGAUCCUGUUCGGCAUCGCCUUCUCGCUUGGGUCUUUGGCACUGUGUUGUCUAGGUGUCGUCGUAUUUCAAGGAUUAUUGUACUUGGCGCCAUUGCUCGCGCGUCUCGACCUGGCACUGCACAACUUCGUGGAGCCUGUGGAGAACAAAUUAUAUGGUCAUAUCCCGCACUAUGGCGAGGAUGGAUCAUAUUUUGCGCGACCAUCACUCGCGGUACUGGUGUACUUCGGUACUGCUAAGCUGGGUGUCGGCGUACUCAGCGCUAUGGUCGUGAUCAUCCCGUUCUCCAUGCCAAUUCACGCGCUCACGUCGCCAAUCUUCCGCGACGAGUAUUUCUGUGGAGGUUGGUUCAACCUCUGGGCCUUCUUGGUGGUGGCCACCGCUCUCUUAAUCGGCGGCUUUGUCGCAAUGCCUCAUGUAGCGAGAUUAUCGUGCAUCACCACACGUCUGCUUUGCCGCGAGGUCUUCUCCUCGAUCUACACACGCGAUUACGUGCCAUCCGUCUCGGAGGACGCGACAAAGGCCUCGUACGGCACUAAGCAGCCCAUGCAACAAGUUUGA